AUGCAGACUUCAAGAAUUGCAGACUUCAAGCAUUGCAGAAUUGACAGCGAGGAGGCCGAUGAUGAGGUCCGGGCUGCCGGUUAUGCCGAUGCAGAGGGUGGUGCUGUUGAGGCGCUCGAGGGUGAGCUAGCGCUUGCAAACGAGGGAGCAGGCAUCAUGGAUCGAAUAAUGCAGAUUGUAGUUCAUUGCUCUGGUGCUGAUUUGAAGGUAGAAUCCGGUGUGACAACUGAUUUGGACCGCAAAAGUUUGUUAGCAUCGGAUAAUUCAAAUGGUUCCAUUGAUAACAUUGUUGGGUCUAAUUCAGUUUUGAAUGCUAACAAUGUUCAAAAGGUGAAGAAAGACGGAGAUCAGGUGGUUGGAUCAAAUGAGGGUAUUAGGGAUAAGAAGAGCAAUUCAAUGUCGAGCAAAGGAUCUAAAUUAGAGGGCAAGGACAAGAAACAAAAGCAGAGUGAUGGGUUGGAAUCAAAGGAAGUGCCUAAGGAGGUGGAUAAUGGUGCAAAUACGGUCUUUGUGAACCUCAUAGGGAAGGAGGGGACGUGGAGUGAGGAAUGUGAUACAUCUAAUAUAUGUACUGAUGAGGGCAACCAGUUGGUUGCGUGUUUGAAAGUUCUCGGAAAUGGUUAUCAUUUUUCAAAUUCUCACCAUCUUUCACUUUUAAUUAAGAACAUGGCCAAAGGCCCUCUCUUGGUUACCAUUGUAACUCCUGAUUUUGUGCAACUGGACGAAACAAAAAUUCAACUUGAAGAGAAAGAAAACAGAAAAGGAGGGGCUGGCAGUUCAAUUGUCCUAAAAGCUAGAAAUGGUCGAUGCAACCUUGAUUUGAAGGACCUAAUCACAAACAGUUCCAGGAAGAAGCCUGAGAAUUCUUCAAACUUCGCCUACACAAACUUCCCAAAACAAAAACCUACGAUUGCAAUUCUGUUCUUUGCUUCAGCAAUGAUAUUAGCAUCGGCUUGGAUGUGCAUCAGCUUUAGAAAUAGGCGGGUCUCUGGCAGUGGGUUGAAAUAUCAAAAGCUAGAUAAGGACCUACCAAUUUCCAAUGGAAAAAACCGGGUGUUGCAUGUUAACGAUGUAUGGGAUAAUAACUGGGACGAUAAUUGGGAUGAUGAGGAGGCACCUCACACACCCUUGAUGCCGAUUACUCCUAGUCUUUCUGGCAAGGGCCUCGCCUCACGACGGUUGAACAAGGAAGCGUGA